UAGACGCGGCGCUAGCGGCCGUGGAGGAGGAGCGGUGCGGCCCCUGAGCGGCCGUGGCCCCUGCGGUGGUGGUUGCGGUGGGCUGGGUGGUGGGCUUCGGGUGGGCCGGCCUCAUCCUGCCCCCGCGGCGAUGCAUCCGCGGCGCCCGGAUGGAUUCGAUGGCUUGGGCUACCGGGGCGGUGCCAGGGACGAGCCGGGUUUUGGCGGCGCUUUCCCAGCGAGGUCCUUCAGCUCAGGGUCGGACCUGGGCCCCUGGGUGACGACUCCCCCAGACAUCCCGGGGAGCCGCAACCUGCACUGGGGCGAGAAGAGCCCGCCCUACGGCGUGCCCUCCACCUCCACCCCGUACGAGGGCCCCGCUGAGGACCCCUUCUCCGGCAGCGGCCCCGGCACCGGCGGCGGCGGCGGCGGAGCGCGGGGCCAGAGCAGCGAGCAGUUAAAUAGAUUUGCUGGAUUUGGCAUUGGACUUGCAAGUCUCUUUACAGAAAAUGUACUGGCCCAUCCUUGCAUUGUUCUACGCCGCCAAUGUCAGGUUAAUUACCAUGCUGAUCAUUACCAUCUCACUCCAUUUACAAUCGUCAACAUUAUGUACAACUUCAACAAAACUCAGGGACCAAGAUCCCUAUGGAAAGGAAUGGGAAGUACGUUUAUUGUCCAAGGUGUCACACUUGGAGCAGAAGGUUUAAUUAGUGAAUUUACAUCUUUGCCAAGGGAGAUUGCACAUAAAUGGAAUCCUAAACAAAUAUGUGAACAUCUUUUACUGAAAUCCCUAACUUACAUAGUGGCAAUGCCUUUUUAUUCAGCAAGCCUAAUUGAAACAGUACAGAGUGAGAUAAUUCGAGAAAAUUCUAGCAUACUGGAAUGUAUUAGAGAAGGAAUCGGAAGAGUACUAGGCUUGGGGGUGCCUCAUAGCAAGCGACUCCUGCCACUUCAUUCCUUGAUCUUCCCUACGGUGCUGCAUGGAGUUCUUCAUUACAUCAUCAGCACAGUCAUUCAGAAGUUUGUCCUACUAAUUCUAAAGAGAAAGACUUGCACUAGCCACCUAGCUGAAAGUGGUUGUCCUGUACAGUGUAUACUGGAAGCUUAUUUUCCAGAACUUAUUGCUAACUUUGUUGCCAGUCUUUGCUCUGACGUAAUACUUUACCCACUGGAAACAGUUUUGCACCGCCUUCACAUUCAAGGAACACGCACAAUAAUUGACAACACAGACCUUGGCUAUGAAGUGCUUCCAAUUAAUACACAAUAUGAGGGAAUGAGAGACUGUAUCAGUACCAUAAAGCAGGAGGAAGGAGUGCUUGGUUUUUAUAAAGGGUUUGGUGCUGUUAUGAUACAGUAUACACUGCAUGCAGUUAUCCUGCAGUUUACCAAAAUUAUUUACACUGCACUUCUUCAGAAUGCUGCUUGAGAUUUAGGUUCUAUCACUGCUUAGUAGAGAAAACAUAAUGUGGAUAAUUUGCCAUGAAAUUAUGAGGGAUAAAAGCAACAUACUGAGUCAAAAAAGUGGAUUGGAAAGGGAAACUGGUAGACAAAGCCCAAGCUGAUUAAAUUGACUUUUAUUUCUUUUGAAGUAUACCUAUAUAUUUUGGAUCAAAAUGAUUCCAAACUUCAAAACUAAAUAAAGAUAAGACUGUGAAAGAAUUAAAUUUUAAUGUAGCACUCAUGCUAAAGCAAAAUUGUUGCUGGGAAAAAGCAAAUAUAUCAUCAUUAAAUAUAAAAUGAAAUUUCAUUGAAUUCAAUCUAUUCUACCGGACUGUAAUAUUUGUUACAUUGAUUUUUACCUUAUGGAUUGAUUUGGGUAUGUGAUCCUCAAUACAGUAUAGUAUCAGGAGGCCUUACCUUUAAGCAAAUAAAUGAUGUCAUCAUUGGAAAAAAAAAUCUAAGGAUCACAUCUGGCAAUAUGUCAGCAGGAAUCAAAGAAGUUUAAAUUGUCCCUAUAAAGCUAUUUUAAUGGCUUGUAUAUAUGUAUUAUAUGAAGCCAAUUGUGUGCACAAAUAUAACUUGGAAUUCUGUACUUGUAGAUAAACAUUGCAUACUAAGAAAUCAUCUGCUUUAAUAACAAAAGCCAAGAGGCCCAAAGGAUUUAAGUCAAAUAUAGUGUCCCCAUCCAAACUGAGUGUUUCAGUGCCAGCGUCAUACAUUGUGCGGUUUGACUUGCUUAGCUAGUAAUGUGACAUGUCAGACUACUUUUGGAGCCACUCUUAAGAAAGUAAUCAUGACAACUAUUACUGUUUCCAUAUUUACAAAUUUGUGUACUUAAACAAACCUUACUCGCCUUUUGUUUCUGAAUGACUUACCUUAGAGGAGGCAAAAUUAAAUUUCAUCUGGAAAUUUGUGUCUCUUGCCUUCUAUAAUAGUCAUCAUAAAUAAUGGCUGUGAUUUUUUUUCUUUCAGUUUUGCCUACAGUUUUAUUCUCCGUACUAGGUAUGCUUACAUAAAAAAAGCAAGGUAUCUUGAUCACUUUUUAUUUUUUAAAAGUUUAAAUGUUUGGAUGAAUACUAAAAAAAUACAAACAUUUUAAAGAAAUUUGUCUUUGUGUUUUGUUGGGGUUAGGGGAACACAUUUCAAUAAAUGAGCAAAAAAAUUGCUUAAUAUUUUUUAUUCCUACAUUGCAUUUGGUGGAUUAAAUCCUGUUCAUUCAGAGGUGUGA